CAACCUAUCGCACCGUCCAUCGUGCCAGAGAUAAAGCACCGCCACCGUGCAGUGAAGCCGCACAUCUGUCCGUGGGGUAAAACCGUGCAACGUCAGCCAGUUCAUUCGCGAACCUCGGUCCCAUUGGCGGUGCCUGUGUUUCUGUCUGUGUUCUUCCCAUACAGCCCGGCAAAGAGAAUGCCACAGCAAAAGCGUGUUCGAUUUAAGGAGGACGAACGACACGUGGUUAAGAACCUGCACCAGCUCAACAGUGGUGCAGUUUACGGUGCACUGUUGCUUGUGCUUGGCUGUGGGCUGCUGACGAGCUAUUUGGCCACACGGCUACCACCGGCGUUAACGGUGGGGGAUCUAGAACGUUCGCCCAACGCGUUUAUUGCCGAGCGUGCCUGGGCAAGUCUGAAGACGCUGAACGACCUGGGCCCAAAGCCGACUGGAAGUCAGGAAAAUGAAGUGAUGGCCUACGAGUUCCUGCUGAAGGAGGUACAACGAAUAGAAGCGUCAAAACAUGCCAACCAACAGCUCGAACUCGACAGCCAAACGGUGACCGGAGCGUUCAGUAUCUCACUGCUAAACCAAUCGAUGACCAGCAUGUAUCGGAACGUGCAGAAUCUGGUGGUGCGGUUGGUGGGUAACGAUGCUCGACAGGCGCUUCUGUUAAACUGCCACUUUGACACGGUGGCAAGCAGUCCGGGUGCUAGUGAUGACGGUGCCAGCUGUGCCGUGAUGUUGGAAGUUUUGCGUGUCUUAUCCCGCCAACCGGUGCGCACACGGCACACGGUACUCUUCCUGUUUAAUGGGGCCGAAGAAACGAUGCUUCAAGCUGCUCACGGGUUCAUCACACAGCACCGGUGGGCGGCCGAGGUGCGCGCGUUUCUCAACCUCGAAUCGUCCGGUUCCGGUGGGAAGGAGGUACUGUUCCAGGCUGGACCACAUCGUCCGUGGCUGAUCCAGGCAUACGCACGUGCCAUUCGGCAUCCGUUCGCGCACACCGUUGGGGAGGAAAUCUUCCAGCUGGGGUUGAUCCCGUCCGAUACGGAUUUCCGAAUGUUUCGCGAUUACGGCGAAGUGCCGGGGAUGGAUUUUGCACACAUUGCCAACGGGUACCGCUAUCACACGCGUUACGAUUCCAUGGACUUCCUAUCGCUUGAGGUGUUGCAGCGCACUGGGGACAAUGUGCUCGCACUGACGCGUGAUUUGGCCGAGUGUGAUGAGCUGGCAGCAUCAAAACUACCCACCGGUGAAACGGUUUUCUUCGACUUUAUCGGGUUUGUGUUUGUGCAUUACUCGGUCGCUAGCGGACGGUACAUCAAUUUAGCCGUUGCGCUACUCUCCGUGAUGGUGCCUUUGAUCGGCUUUUCCCGCAUGCGCUUCAAGGAUGUUUUGCGGGAAGUUACAUUCGGACUAGCGGGUACCGUAGUAGGAACAGUGUUUAGUCUAGUUGCAUGCACGACAAUAGCACGGCAGCUGGAUUUCUUCGGUAAAACCAUGACCUGGUACACGAACACGCAGCUGAUCCUGGGCAUUUACUGCUGUUCUGCGCUGUUGGCACAUUGCUUUGUCUAUCUAUUUCUUACGACGUUCUACACCAACGAUAAGAGCCACCUUUCGCUGGGUCAAAUGACCCAAGCACGACUGAUCGGAGUAAAUGUGUUCUGGAGCUUUGUAACACUAGCCGCAACGGGUGCCGGUUAUCGUAGUGGCUACAUACCCAUGGUUCUGCUCGCCUGUUCGCUCGCAUCGUCCCUGCUGAACAUCAUCCUCAAUGCGAGUCGAUCGCAUCGGCGUUGGAUUUACGUGCAUCUUACAUUCCAGCUGCCCGCGUUGUUAUGGUCAACCAACUUUUACAACGUGCUUAUACAACUGUUCGUACCAAUCACCGGUCGAUUUGGAGGAUCGCGCAAUCCCGAAGUGUUUAUCUCGCUGCUAGCGGCCGCUGGAACGCUACUGUGCUGUAGCUAUUUGAUUCCGUUUAUCGGACAGUUGCGACAAAUGAUUAAUUUCACCGCUAAGCUAUCUGCCGUUAUCGUAUUUACGCUGGCACUGGCAUGUCUGAGCCCACUUGGGUUUCCGUAUAGGGAUGAGAGCAUGGCCAAGGAUCCAACACCUCAACGACAUUACGUUACGCACACGUUCCGGGUGUUUCAUGACGAGUACGGACUGUACAAGCAUUCAGACGCCGGAUACCUGUUCCAGGAGAUGGACAGAAACACUCGAGCAACGAUUGAAGAGCACGUUGUGCCCGGUGAAACGCUUGUUCCGAUGCGACAGGUAAAUUCCUGCCAAACGGAACUGUUUUGUGCGUUACCGUUUUACUCCCUGUGGCAUCAGAUGCGAUUCAACAACUAUUGGCUGCCAGGCCCGGAACCGAUCGUCGAUAAUAUGGUCACGAUGGCUUAUCUAGGUACGGAGCAGCUCGACACGCAUUCCCAGCGUUUGCUGUUUACCAUGGAAGGAAGCAUACAGUCGUCCAUCAUUAUUGGACCGAAGAAAGGCGUACAGUUGGUGGGCUGGUCGUUGCUAGACCAUGUGCCACCGCCAGCAACGUUCAGUGGCCGUGAUGGACACUUUAUCUUUAUUACCCAUGGCCUGCCGGGGAAGGCGUGGAACAUGACCGUUGAUGUGCAAUACGAUCAUCCGAAAGAAAACGGCAAUCUGGUAGAUAUCGUUGUUACAACCAAGUUCUGGCAGUAUCAACACAUGCAUACGGCCGAAUUCGAGGAGCUGCUAGCAAGAUUCCCGUCCUGGGCGCACGUUGUUCCGUCGGUGGCGGUGGUUAGUGUGUUUCCGCUCUAGUUCCCGGCGUCCCCAGGGGCGGGGAAUAUGAUUACGGUGUCCGUUCGAUUAUGUAAAUUUUAUUAAACCGAUCGAUACACAUCUGUGCGGUUUGGUUUAACGCCAUCCCUGCAACCGUGCGUAAACCGGGGUUUUGACACUUGACACAGAGCACUGCACUUUUAAACAGAAGACUAAAUAAAAUGUGAUUUCUGGGAAAAAUAAAACUGUAGCAAUGUGCACACUUA